GCGGCAGUCUCGGAUCGACCACGCCAGCGCGCGCGUCGACAUUACCACGAGACGUGUAGUGAUAUCGGAAGGCCUAAGUCAACAACGAAAUACGGACUUACAAUCGUAAUUAACGUGUUUUUUUGAUAAGAUAGUUGUUCUAACUCCCAGUCGUGUUCUGUUCGUGUUGUGAGACGGAUUUUUUUAGAUUUUUUUUUGUAUUAUAUUUGUCUUUUGUCGAGUGCAUUAUCAAGUUUCUGAGUCUGUGCGUUUAACAGUUGAAAGUUUGGAUUUUGACGUUAAUAGAUUACAAACAAAAAAACAAAAUGUCACCCGGCCAACUAGCGUGAACAAAACAGCCAAACCGCAAAAAUGUUAAUACACACACGAAAAAGGCUGAUGCGGUGACUAAAUAACUUUUCGUCAAAAACUAAAAUGGCGUUGCUGACGAAUUCGGCGUCGGCCACGGGCCCCACGGCCGGCGGGCCCACGGCGCCCCAGGCCCAUUCGGCGACGCCGCUACAUCACUACUUCCACUACUUGAAACAGCCAUCUCCCUUAGCUCAGAACCCCUAUGCUCAUCACUCGAGCGCCCAUCACAUGGGGAUGGGCCCCGGGCCCCUAGGAGGCUUGGGCCCAUUUGGGUUAACGCCGCACGGAUUAGAAGCUGUCGGAUUUCCUCAAGAUCAAUAUGAAAAGCCCUGGAGUUGGAGCGUAAACCCGCGCAAACAGCGACGAGAGCGCACGACAUUCACUCGUGCGCAGCUCGACGUGCUCGAAGCGCUAUUCGGCAAGACGCGCUAUCCUGACAUCUUCAUGAGAGAGGAGGUGGCUCUGAAGAUUAACCUUCCUGAGAGUAGAGUGCAGGUCUGGUUCAAAAACCGAAGAGCGAAAUGUCGGCAGCAGCUUCAACAGCAAACAAACACGCAGAUAUCCAGUAAAUCCACCUCCAGUUCCAAGACUACAGUCUCCAACAGCAGCAUCAAGGCUUCCACCAGUUCCACUAAGAUCACCACUUCGAAAGCCCUGACCAGCUCUUCAAAUGUACCUACAACACAGAAUUCUAGCAUCACAACUUCAUCUCCGAAUCUGCCGAUAACACCCACAACUUCUGUCAGUCCUCCUAUUAAUGUGAUAUGCAAGAAGGAGUCAGCAGGAUCGAACUACGAGAGUUCUCCUCUAAACAAGAACAAUAGCCUAACAUCCUUAACUCAUUAUAAUUCUAAUGAGCUCAGAUUGAGCGGCAAAGAGUCGUCGCCUUCCGAUCCUGUGUCAAACAUACAUGGUUAUGGUGUGACGCCGAAACAGGAGCUGUAUAGUAGUCCAAAGAGGUUGGAUUACGCUAGCAAGUUGGAUUAUACGGAGAAAUUCGGUAGCAACUUGGUGAAGGAUCAGUAUAGCUCGCGGUUAACGGGGAAUCUGACGCCCUUGGGGUCGAAUUCUUCAAUCAUGACGACUCCUUCUCCCCCGAUCACUCCUCAGAGCAUCAAUGGGCCGGGGAACGUGUAUCACCCGGAUAGUUACAACAGUUUCCACUGGCCGGGCAGUUCGGACUAUAUCCGGAGCUACUCGACGUCGCACCAUCAUCAGGGCUACGGGCAGAGCGCGUAUAAUUCCCCGUAUUAUCCUAGUCAGAUGGAGUACUUCAACGGUUCAUCAGUGAACCAAACGCACGGCAGUCACCACGGCCACAACCUGACCGCCAAUGGCAACCAGCUCUACAACCAGGUCUCCUUCGGCAACCCAUCCCCUCCAGGAGCCUGGGCUUCCCACCACAACAUCCUGUCUUCUGGCCCCGAGUCCCCGGAAAACCAGUCCCAAAACUCCCCCCAUUUGAGCAUGCUUCAGGCCUCGCAAAUAACGAACUUUUCAAAUUCGGGGAACAGUUAUUUUGCUCCUGAGAAAUACGGCAUAAAUAUGGUUUAGUUUAUCUAGUCUUUUGUUUGUAGUUUGUAAAUAUUUUUACUUGUAUAGGUGUGAGGGCGAUUUGUGGAGAUUUUGUGUGUUUUUGGUACUUAUUUUUGCGUUUUUUUUUUUGUUUUUUAGAGUGUUAAAUGGGAAAUGGUUUUAGAUUUGCGUUGUUGUGUAAUUGAAUAUCAUUUUUCGUUUAAUAUUUUUUUCUGUCCAUACUUUUCCCCUCGUAUUUUUGUUAUUUUUUUAUAUUUUUUUAGGUUCUGAAUUUUUUUUUUCACUUUUAUACAAUAAAAUGUGAAAAUUUACUUAAAUACGAUGUAAGUACAUAUCAAAGAAAAUCGUAUACAUAUUUAUACAUUGACAAAACACACAAAUUCUCUUCAAAUCGCCUGUAUUUACUUCGAAAUGUAGAAAGCGUUAUGUAUUGUAAAUAAAGAUUUUAACAAGACUUGCCAUCAUAUUUUGGAGAUCUUUAACAAAUAAACAAAAUUAUUUAUUAUUUAAAAUAGCAAUAAACUAAAAAACAACGACUUAUAAAACUAAAUAUGACCUCAAGUCUUGUUGAAAUUAAAAUUUACAAAAAUAACUAAAAAAAGUUUUUUACAUCAAACGCUAUCGAAUGUUUUUCAACGAAAACUAAACUGUCAAGAGGCCUAAGUGUUUGUAUCGAAAGACACGUUGUUGUAGACUUUCCUAUUAUUUUCUUAUUUUAUAAACGCCAAAAAUAAUAUUCAUUUUAUUAAAAAAAUACAUAAUUUAUCAUAAAUUCUAACCCAAAAACGGGUUUCACAUUUUUUAUUAAUUGUCAUCAUUUCGUUUUUGCCGUUGCAAAAAUUCGAAAAAAAAAACUUUUGAAGUGUAUAACUUUUUUUCAACAAUUUGCUUCCCCGCGCCUGUGUAAAAACCACCCAAAAUCAUAUCACUUAUUAUAUUUAAAAAAAAACGAGUUAACUUAGGCUAAAUUUAGUGACGGAAUUCGCUAAAUUAACGAAAUAAAAUGCCGUUACUUAUAUUAAAACCACUCCAAUAAAAAACAACAUCAAUUUUUUACAAAAAUAAGACAACAAACUUAUGUUUGGCUGAGGUUUUUAGCAAAAUGGCUACCUAAUUAUAAAAAUAAAAUAAAAAAAUCUUAAAAACCUUAAAGAAGCUAUUUGUUUUUAGCAAGUAAUUUAUUUUAACGAUCCUUUGUUACCUAAACGUUUUAAUAUAAGUAACGCUACAUAGUUAUAUUGUAAAUAAAUUGUACGUUAAGAGUUUUAUUUUGUAUAUGUGUGUGCUACGAAUGUAUAUGUGGGUUAUUAUUGUCUAGUUUUAAGCGAUCGUAUUUUUUAUUAUUUUUUAGACCAGUGACAACCCUGCCAUAAGUUAUACAAAUAAUUUAAUUCGUAAAACAAUGAAAAUAAACUUCCAACGCCAUCUUGGAUUCGGGAUUUUAUUUAUAAAGUUUUAACUCUGAUUUUAAUUGCAAAUUACUUCAUUUGAAAUUACAAAAACACUAUAAUUUAUGUUUAAAGUCUUUUAUGGAACAAUCGAGUGGUGUUUUAACAUUUAUUUGUUCGAAUAAUAAAGAUAUAAAAAUUCUGAACGAAGAUGGCGGCUGAGAAAAAUUGGCAUCCAUGACAGUUGCCGACAAAAAUGGCGCUUAAAUACUAAAAAUGUUUAUUGCUCGAUGACCGCGUUUUCGAGCCCAAUGAAAUCACGAGAGUAAUUUAAUGAGAUUAUUAGUUAAUUUAUAUUAUUUUACAAAUAAAAUGGGAAAGUUUUGAGCGGGAAUAAAACGGCUAAUUAAUUUAUUAGCGACUAAAAGUACCGCGCGAUUGGAAUUGCUUAAACAUUGAAGCUCUUAAUAUUUUUGUUCAUAUUAUUUUAUUUUCCUUCUAUGUUAAUUCGCCUUUACCUCUGAUAACGGAUAAUUACGUUAAAUGUAAACAAGAACAAUUUAUAACGUCGAAUAUCGUCUUAUUUUUCCACCAAUCACGAUAUUUUUAACUCCUAUAAAGGCGAAAAAAUCAUAGAGUAUUUUAUUUUUACUUUUAAAACAGAAUAAAUUCUUUAUUUAAUUUUAUUUUUAAACAAGAGUAGUAUAAUUUUAUUUUUUUAUUACAAUCGAUGUUUGAGUGAUACCAGCGUCGAAAACAAAACUCCCCGUCGUAGUUUUUAAAUGUAAUGAAAUUGUAAUUUAUAGUAAAUAAUAAGCUUGGACAUAGCUAAAUUAGUUAAGUACAGUAAUUGUACCGUUCUAUGAAGAGUCAGUGUAUUUUUUUUAAGUUAAGUUGUAUUAAUUAUUAACUGAUAGCUAUUGAAAUAUUGAAUCCGAAUAUAUGCAUAUAAAAUACA